AUGAACCAAGGUGACACUGGUUUGCCUGGAUCUACUGGCAGCGUUGGAGACACAGGAUUUAUGGGAAGAACAGGAGUUCCUGGAGAUACGGGAUCAACUGGAAAUACGGGAUGGACAGGAAGAACUGGUCAACCAGGUAUGACAGGAUCACCUGGAUUGACAGGUGUUACGGGAUCUCAGGGAUAUACUGGAUUA